AUGACAAGACCGCGUUUCCGGUAUCUGCCUCUUUCUUUUGCCACUGUCACUUGACCAAGUCGCUUCUUUGAUUUAAAUCUUCAAAAUGGUUGCCCCAAAGAAACAGAAAAAGGCGCUGGAGAGCACCAACGCGCGUCUGGCGCUGGUGAUGAAGUCUGGCAAAUACUGCCUCGGCUACAAGCAGACGCUGAAGACCCUGCGUCAAGGCAAGGCCAAGCUGGUGCUUAUUGCCAGCAACACGCCCGCCCUGAGGAAGUCCGAGAUUGAGUACUACGCCAUGUUGGCCAAGACCGAGGUUCAGCACUACAGCGGCACCAACAUUGAGCUGGGCACCGCCUGCGGUAAAUACUUCCGCGUGUGCACCCUGUCCAUUACCGAUCCUGGAGAUUCGGACAUCAUCCGUUCAUUGACCGAGAACUAAAUGACUAGAAUUUCAUUUUUACUCGUACAAUAAAUUCUAAUAAACGAUGGGUUGAAGAACAAA